AUGGCCACAUACGCCCUUCUCGGGGCCACUGGGGCUACGGGCUCCAGCAUUCUACGUCAUCUUCUGCGAACAUCACCAAACUCCCUUCGCAUUCAAAUCCUCGUUCGGUCAAAAGCCAAGUUGCUACGAGCGUUCCCAGAUCUCGAGACGACAAGAAACCCACAAGUCCACGUUAUACAAGGGACGUCUACAGACUCUGAGGCUUUGUGUGAGUGUCUGAGGAAUGCUAGUAUUGCAUUCAUGUGUGUGGCGCAGAAUGGGAGCCCAAUCGGCACCACAUUGUGCCAGGAUACUGGCCGCGCCAUCAUAUCCGCGCUUCAGCGACAACAGCAGGUUGAAGGAGCAAAUUAUCAGCCAUGCACCAUCGUUCAACUUCGCUCAGCCUCUUUGAACCCUGCACUGGCGGCUCAGGUACCGGCCUUCGUUCAUCGAAUAGUCAGCUUCUGCCUCUUUGCCAACUAUGCGGAUAUCAAGCAAGCGUGCCAAUACUAUAGUGAAGCACAGAAGCAAGGGACAUUGCAAUGCAUUCUCGUGGACCCUCCGACACUCCAUGAUGCGGAUGGAACACAAAUAACGGGUUAUAGACUCAUCUCUACGGAGUCCCAAGCUAUUGCCCUCAGCUAUGCCGACUUAGGAGCUGCGAUGUGUGAGAUUGCCCAUCGUCAAGACGAGUUCCACGGCCGCGCGGUGGGUGUAACCGCCACUGGCCGUGUCCGUCAAACCUGGGGAGUCCUACUGCGCCAUCUAUUGGAAGGUGGAUCAUCUCAUUUGAUGGAGAAAAUGGUGAAGGGAAAAGUGGUUGUUGGCGUGAUAGGUGCUUUCCUGGUGGUAAUUGGCGUGUCUGUUGUAAUCAUCUUAGGUCCAGCUAGGUAA